GGCGUCUGUGGGAACCCCGCGUCUCCGUCAGAACAGAAGCCGGGAGCUAAGAUGGCGGCCGCCGACGGAGAUGACUCGCUCUACCCUAUUGCCGUGUUGAUCGACGAGCUGCGGAAUGAGGACGUCCAGCUUCGUCUGAACAGCAUCAAGAAGCUCUCCACCAUUGCAUUGGCCCUGGGCGUUGAGAGGACACGCAGUGAGCUCUUGCCUUUUCUCACAGAUACUAUUUACGAUGAAGAUGAGGUGCUACUGGCCCUCGCGGAGCAGCUGGGAACUUUCACGGCUCUGGUUGGGGGCCCUGAAUAUGUCCACUGUCUAUUGCCCCCACUUGAGAGCCUGGCGACAGUUGAAGAGACGGUGGUGCGAGACAAGGCAGUGGAGUCCCUGCGAGCCAUCUCCCAUGAGCACUCUCCCUCUGACCUUGAGGCCCAUUUUGUACCCCUGGUAAAGCGCCUGGCAGGAGGUGACUGGUUCACCUCUCGCACCUCUGCUUGUGGCCUCUUCAGCGUCUGUUAUCCACGAGUCUCCAGUUCGGUGAAAGCGGAACUCCGACAGUAUUUCCGGAACCUGUGUUCAGAUGAUACUCCAAUGGUGAGACGGGCAGCAGCCUCCAAGCUGGGCGAAUUUGCCAAAGUCUUGGAGUUGGAACAUGUCAAGAGUGAGAUCAUCCCCAUGUUCUCUAACUUGGCCUCUGAUGAGCAGGACUCUGUGCGUUUAUUGGCCGUGGAAGCCUGUGUUAAUAUUGCUCAGCUCCUACCCCAAGAGGACCUGGAGUCCUUGGUCAUGCCAACACUACGGCAAGCGGCAGAAGACAAAUCUUGGCGGGUUCGUUACAUGGUGGCUGAUAAGUUCACAGAGCUCCAGAAAGCUGUUGGACCAGAAAUCACUAAGACUGACUUGGUGCCGGCCUUCCAGAACCUCAUGAAAGACUGUGAAGCUGAAGUGAGGGCUGCUGCCUCCCACAAAGUCAAAGAGUUCUGUGAGAACCUCUCUCCCGAUUGUCGUGAAAAUGUCAUCAUGACCCAGAUCUUGCCCUGCAUCAAGGAACUAGUAUCAGAUGCAAACCAACAUGUCAAAUCCGCCUUGGCCUCUGUGAUCAUGGGGCUCUCUCCCAUUUUGGGCAAGGACAACACAAUUGAACACCUCCUGCCUCUCUUCCUGGCUCAGCUCAAAGAUGAGUGUCCUGAAGUCCGACUCAACAUCAUCUCCAACCUGGACUGUGUGAAUGAGGUGAUUGGUAUCCGGCAGUUGUCUCAGUCCCUGCUCCCAGCCAUUGUGGAAUUGGCAGAGGACGCCAAGUGGCGUGUGCGAUUGGCCAUCAUUGAGUACAUGCCCUUGUUGGCUGGGCAACUGGGUGUGGAAUUCUUUGAUGAGAAGCUGAACUCUCUUUGCAUGGCGUGGCUUGUGGAUCAUGUCUAUGCCAUCCGAGAGGCAGCUACUAGCAACCUCAAGAAGCUAGUGGAGAAGUUUGGCAAAGACUGGGCCCAUGCCACAAUCAUCCCAAAGGUCCUGGCUAUGUCUAAUGACCCCAACUACUUACACCGCAUGACCACGCUCUUCUGUAUCAACGUGCUGUCAGAGGUGUGCGGGCAGGAGAUCACCACAAAGCACAUGCUUCCUACCGUCUUGCGGAUGGCGGGCGACGCCGUAGCAAACGUCCGCUUCAAUGUGGCCAAAUCCCUUCAGAAAAUUGGACCAAUCCUGGACAACAGCACCCUUCAGAAUGAAGUGAAGCCAGUCCUGGAAAAACUAACACAGGAUGCAGAUGUGGAUGUCAAAUACUUUGCCCAGGAGGCACUGACCGUGUUGGCGUUGGCUUGAACGUUAGGACCUGGCUCUGUUGUCUCUUCAGCUUGGAUGCCAUUGGACCCAUCCUGUCCCCCUUUCCCAGCAUGUGUAUGACACCCGCAAAUCCCCCCCCCCCCGAUCCAUGUGGUGGAGACAGUGCUAUUGGCCAGUAGCUGAUCUCCCUCUCCUACUCUUAGCUCUGUGUUUUCAGACCUUCUUGGGCAGCUGUGAGAGUCUUCCUUUUCCAUCUUAGAAAAGUUUAAUUUUUGUUCCAUCACCAGGAGGCAGCAAACAGCAGUCCCCCCGUUCUGUGUCUUGAUGCAAGCUUAGCAAGAGAAGCAGAACAGCCCCUUCGAGCCCCACUUGGCAUGAAUCUGAGCUUUGCAAGAGGCAAAACCUGCCGCUUAGGACAACCUGUAACUUUAUUGGCCAGGGUUUGCAUGAGAAUGUCCCUAAAGCUGUAUAUAGCUGUGAAUGCAGUAUCAAUCUGGCCCUUUUCGUGCUCAUCUGGCAACCCGAUGGGUCCUUUAGUUCUCCCAUCAUAAAUAGUUAGAAGUCCCCAAUUUUUCCAUUCAAUUCUUAACACCAGCUUGAUCAGAAUGAAGAUUAGAAAUGAGUUGGGAGGCAGAAAAGAUCCCUUGAUUUGCCAAAAUCCUCUCUUGCUGGGAGUGAUGAAAUAAAUCAGCUUUCCCACCUGCAGUAGAGAGGGUUGGUCAGACCUUCUUUUACAAUCUACCUGAUCAAAUUGGGAAAUAACAUCCCUUGCAUGUCUAAUGUUGUGAGCUUCUCUUUGCUGGUAGGAGGUAGGCAUUAGAAAUGGCACCUGUGAUUGAAAGAGUUCAUCAGUUGUGAUUUGCAGGCAGAGGUUUUGAAACUGACAAGUAUUGUGUUGCCUCAGGCCUUAGUAUUUACUACCUCUGGACUAAGGUGAGUCGGGGACUUACCAGUAUGUUUUCUAACUAUCCAGGCUUGGUCUUUCCUAAAUAUGAAGCCAUGGGGAUGCUAUAUGAGAAAGGAUUCCCAAUUAAUAGACAUGCAAGGGAGGGACGAUCAGGUAGCGUUCUCUGGUGAAUCUUGGAAGCUCUGCCAACUGGGGUUCUCAGUUUUUAUCAUGUGACAUUGAGAAAUUGAAAAAAAAAAAACAACUUUUUCCUCCCCUGUCCUCCAACAUUCCCCAAUUAUCUCUUGAACCCUUCCACUCCCCAGAUUCCUGCUGCUGCCUCUAUGGUUCUUGCACUGGACAGGUGAAACAAGUGUGUGUUCUAACCACGCACCCCCUAACAGCAAAACACACACACACCCUCCCUCUGUUAGUGGCAUGUUACUUUACAAUUGUUGAAUAUUUUUGGUGUAUACUUGUUUUAUUUUUUCCUCUCUUAUGAUUAAUAAAAUGCUCGAACGUUA